UGAAUUUUUUAACCCCAUUAGGCCAUUAUAGCGGCUUUAGCCUAAUCACUGCAACACAAACAAGUUUUUUUUUUGGUUCUUUCUCCUCCUUUCACCCUUUAUCUUCAUUAAAGAACCAAUUUUUAUUGGUUAUAGAGGUAAGGGGUGAGAAGAAAAGGGCUAAAAGACCAUAAAAACUAAGUUUUUUUUUUUUUUUUUGUGAGUUCUUGUUCUGCAAAUUUUUCUCUAUAAUGGCUUGCAGUGUUGCAGACUCUGGUUUCCUGUUCUUGGUUCCCAGGAAAAGACCAGCUCAUAGCACUAGAAUUGGGCAAAUUGCUUCUUCUGGAACAUAUUGUCUAAAGUGGGAAAGUCUGCCUCAGAGAAGCUCGAAACAGAAAGGCUGCUUAAUUUACUCGAGAAAGAAAAAUGUUGUACAAGCUGUUGCAGUUCCGAUAGCACCUUCACCCUUAGACUGUGCAGACGAAAGGAAACGAUUAAGUGAAAAAUAUGGUUUUAGACAAAUUGGAGAACCAUUACCUGAUGAAGUCACAAUGAGAGAUAUUACUGACUCACUACCAAAGAAGGUAUUCGAGAUUGAUGAUGGAAAGGCGUUGAAGUCAGUUUUGAUAUCAGUAACUUCAUACACGCUGGGGCUCUUCAUGAUUGCCAAAGCUCCAUGGUAUCUACUUCCCCUGGCCUGGGCUUGGACAGGAACAGCAGUUACAGGGUUCUUUGUAAUAGGACAUGAUUGCGCUCACAAAUCCUUUUCAAAGAACAAAUUAUUGGAAGAUAUUGUUGGAACUCUAGCCUUUUUGCCAUUGAUAUAUCCCUAUGAGCCAUGGAGGUUCAAGCAUGAUCGGCAUCACGCGAAAACAAACAUGUUGCACGAAGACACAGCUUGGCAGCCUGUUUGGAAGGAGGAGUUUGAUUCAAUCCCUGCUCUGAGGAAGGCAAUUAUACUUGGUUACGGCCCUAUUCGACCUUGGAUGUCUAUAGCUCACUGGUGGCUCUGUCAUUUCAAUUUGAAGAAGUUCAGACCAAAUGAAAUUAACAAGGUGAAGAUAAGUUUGGGUUGCGUCUUUGCUUUUAUGGCAGUUGGCUGGCCACUGAUAAUCUGGAAAACGGGGAUUAUUGGAUGGAUCAAGUUCUGGUUGAUGCCAUGGUUGGGUUAUCACUUUUGGAUGAGUACUUUUACGAUGGUUCAUCAUACAGCACCACACAUACCCUUCAAAACUUCCGAUGAGUGGAAUGCCACUCAGGCCCAGCUGAAUGGCACAGUUCACUGUGACUAUCCUAGUUGGAUUGAGGUUCUUUGUCAUGAUAUAAAUGUUCAUAUUCCCCACCACAUAUCUUCCAGAAUACCAAGUUAUAAUUUACGGGCAGCUCAUCAAUCUCUCCAAGAGAACUGGGGAAAGUACCUGAACGAGGCUUCAUGGAACUGGCGUCUAAUGAAGACCAUACUGACAGUAUGCCAUGUCUAUGAUAAGGAGCGGAAUUAUGUUGCAUUUGAUGAAGUUGUCCCCGAAGAAGCCCAGCCAAUCACAUUCCUUAAAAAAGUAAUGCCUGACUACGCUUGAUUAGCUUGCACCUCAAAAGGUCAAUUUUCACUUGCUUCUUUCUUUGGGAAGGUAUCCUUCCAAUCCUUUUGGGUCCGGUCAAGCGGUCUAGGCCCAAAUGUCAAGUUCUCACAAAUAUUGCAAGACUUGUUUUAACACAUCAAAGAGAGAAAUAUCUUCUCAAGAAGUUUCUUGGUAGUGUUAGUGUAGUAUACAAUAAUUUAAGUUUCUCGCGAUUUUGUCUUCUAUUUUUGAUAAGUACUCAUGAAUAACAUGUUGCUUAUAUAAUACCAAAGCUUCAUUA